UUUCAUUUCAUACGUGUGCGAACUGUAGGAAGCCUAGUAUUAUCGAAAUACAAACUAGCUAUCUGAUAGAGAUAAGAGAAUCACCAAAAUAAUACUUAUUUUUAUCAUGACAUCAUCGUUACUUUACUGAACAGUGUGAUUGGAAGUGGGGAUAAAUACGUUGCUUCUAAGUUAUAAAAGAGGAAUCCCAUUAGAUUUUCGCUAUGUUUAAAACCUUGUGCCGACAAUAUCUAAAGUCAUCGUUCUCCAGAUAUAACUACAUCAUUAUAAAUUCCUGUUCCAAAAGCAUGGCGUUAACGGAGCCAAUUCCUUUUUCCAAGGAUUUUCUCUUCCGUCAAAUGUUCGACCCCGUGUCCAGCACGUAUACUUAUCUGUUGGCUGAUAUCAACGAUAAGAUUGCGAUCCUAAUUGAUCCAGUCGUCGAAUGGGCAGAACGAGAUAAAACCAUUGUUCAGCAAUUGGGACUAACGUUAAAAUAUGCUAUAAAUACGCAUAUGCAUGCUGAUCAUAUCACCGGAACCGGAAGACUCAAGUGUUUGUUACCUGGCUGCCAGUCAAUGAUAUCACGUAGCAGCGGCGCUAAGGCUGAUAUACUCUUGAAUCCGGAUGACCAAAUAAGCUUCGGCAGGCAUAAUUUACGAGUGCUUCCUACGCCCGGGCAUACCGAAGGUUGUGUUACUUAUGUUUGCUACGAACAAGGCGUCGCAUUCACAGGCGAUGCUCUAUUAAUACGCGGCUGUGGACGAACAGAUUUCCAGGGUGGCUCUGCAGAGGUCCUGUAUAAUUCCGUUCAUUCGAAGAUCUUCACGCUGCCAGCGAAUUUCCGGCUAUAUCCAGCGCACGAUUACUCUGGCAGGACAGUAACCACGGUGGCCGAGGAGAAGGCCUUUAAUCCCAGAUUAUCUAAAUCUCUAAAUGAAUUCGUCGACAUAAUGAACAACCUUAAUCUGGCCUAUCCAAAAAUGAUCGACAAGGCCGUACCGGCCAAUAAAGUUUGCGGAUUAUACGAAGUCCCCGACGCAUAGAGAAACGGCGAAGAGAUGAACUGCGUGAUAUUUUUACGUUCAUCGAUCGGCUGGCUGUUGGAUUCGAUUUCGUCGCUUUGUGUGACGAUAAUAGAGCACAAUAGAGAAGAAGAGCAUUAAUUAUACACGAUCGAAAUAGAAACGAAUUAGCUUUUAAAAAG